UACAUAUCACACUUUAAAUUACAAUAAAUUUUGAUAAUUUAUUUAAAAAUAUUAAUAUAAAUUAUUUUAAUUGAUAGAAAAUAAUAAUUUUAUAUAUACAACAAUAUUUCAUAUAUUUUAUUUUAAAAUAUCUACAGCCUACAACAAAUUUAGCUACAGCAAAAGUCUUUGCAGAAAAAGUCUACACUAACAACUUUACAGUUACAAAAAAAAAAAAAUUUACAACUACAACAGAUUUAUCUAUAGCUAAACAUCUACAACUAAACUUUUAAUCUAUAGCUAAACAUCUACAACUAAACUUUUAAAGCCACAAUCGAACCAAUCAACACCAUCAUUGUUAGUUUACAUUCAUGAUUUGUUUCGCAUUAUGUCAAUCUUCUCUAAUCUUUGUAUUUUGUACUGAGUAUCAAAACAAAAGACAAGUUAGAGAAGUUUUAAUCUUUUUUUGUUACAGAUUAAAAAUUGCUGGAACUUAAAUACAUCAAAAACAUCACCUCUAUAGUUAUCUCAAAUCAGGAGUUCAAAAGCUCUACAAAUGAAUCACCAUAUAUUAACACUCUUACACUUGACAAAACAUACCAUCUGGGUUGUUUUGCUCCUUUUACGUUCACCAGUACAAUUCUACCUCCAGAAAUUUCCAGGCUUUUCCCAACCUAAAAUAACAUCAUUGUUUCCAACAAAACAAACUAAUUUAAGUGUGAAAAUUAAAAGAUAUUUGGAUGGUGUAAGGCUCUGUUUCAAGUGUGGGAAUGUCACCACUAGUCUCCCCUUCUCGGUGGGAGUCGUCUCGAAGUUUGUGGCCAUCCAUAACUGGAGCUUCACAUGCUUUAGAAACAACAUCUCUUUAAUCAUCUCGAACUAUCUGUACGGUGUUUUCAAUAUAGAUCAAGCAUCUAACACCAUUAGACUUGACAGAGCAGAGCUUCAAUGCUACAUUUUUAUCCACAACUUUGCCUCCCAAAGUUUCCGAGCUUUCACCUUCUAAAAGAGCCUAGAUUGAAAUAUUGUCGAGAUUAAUGGUUAUACAAACGAUUAUCUCGAGUGAGAAUAUAAGUUCCCACAUCAAUUUUUUAACAAUUGAUUUUAAGUUAGGAGCUCAAGCUCAAAUUCUACAAUUUCUUGAUGAACUUCAAAAUCUAAGUUUAUUUUACAAGUUAUUUUCUCAUUUUAUAGACCUUUUUAUCAGAGAUUUAUGGCAUUCUUGCCGAUAUUAUCAGCCUAUCCUCAGCUUUUGAUUUCUUUUCUAUUUCUUGGAUUCAACGUACAAACAACAAUGAUGCUUGUUAAAUGCGUCUGUUGUAACUGCUCUCUCUAGAGGAGCUUGAACCUUUUAGUUUAAUGCAAGUUGUGUUUCAAAAAGAAAUAGACCUUUUUAUCCUUCUCACAACCAUAAACCUUAUCUAAGUGAAAUAUGUUAUGUUCUGUUUCGUGUUUUUCCUAUUCUGUAUCACCCCUUCAACACAAUUUUUUCAAUAAAGGCCAAGAAAUAAACCACAACGAUUUUUCAUAGAUCGAUCAUUCGGAUUCAUCAACAUGACGAAUCCAUUAUCCACUCCAAACCACUAGAUCACACGUUCUUAAGUCCUUGGCCAUUUAAGUCCUUAACAUUUGGCAUUAGCUGAUCAUUUAUUUAGUCACUCUCUUUCAUUUAUUGCGUUUUCUUCUUCUAAACCAGUCAGUUUCUGUAGUAAAUGGUCUUUUUGCCUUAUUACACACACCAUUUCUCUGACAUUUCUUGAUUAUUUGUAACAACAAUGACGGAAAGGGACUUUUUACUAGUCAAAUUUCCUAAAAACAUAAAAAUAUAUUUGGAAUCAUUAUUUUUCAAUCAGGUCCUUCGGCGAAAAUUCCAAGCACCUGACUUUGAAUACAGAAAAAUAAAUACUAAUAUAUCAAAGAAUGAUCAACCUUUUUAUAGUCCCAGGUCGGAACCGUUUUAUAUUCUGUAAACAACAAAGAAAAAACUCAUUUAAAAAUUACUGUUUCUUUUCAACAUUUACCAAUAUGCAUUCAAAGUCUUCGUUGUAACUUGUGAGUCACCUAAUUCCAAAAGAACCUUCGAUUUGAAAAUUAUAAACUCCAGAAAGUAACAUUAAUAUAUAAUAAAGAGAAGCCUGGUCAAAAACAAACAAACAUAGGUUCCUUUAAUAUUCAACUCUUACAAAACCAAGACAUUCACCAAUUCCUUCAUAUCUUCUUCUUCUUCACCAUUUUUCUAUUUGCCUCUCAACACAAUGAUCGAUAUGUUUCUAUCCUUAACCAAAUCUAUGUUCCAUAUAGUCAUAUGGAUGCUCUUUGUAAUACCUUCUUUUGUUUCCUCGACUAAUGAGCUUUAUGAUCGCUGCAGUCAACCGUUUCCGUGCGGCAAUCAAAGUCUCUUGUAUCCUUUCUGGACAUCUGGCAGAGAAGACUGUGGCCACCCUGAGUUCGAAGUCGACUGUAGUGGUGGAUUCGCAGAGCUAAGUAUCACCUCCGUGAAGUAUAGAAUCCUAGAGGCGAACUAUGACUCUGACUCUGGUAUCAUACGACUGGCAAGAUCAGAUUUUAUCGGUGGUCUUUGUCCUAAAGAUCUUCUUAAUGCAACGUUCGACGAAAGAGUUGUUACACUUGCUCCUACCACUGAGUUUCUAACAAUAUAUCACAACUGCAGCAGAGAAUUUCCAAUGUAUGUUUCUACUUAUGUUGGAGAUCUUCGUUGUGGAGAUGGUGACGGUGAUGAUGAUGACACAAUAAGUUACUAUGUGACAAGCGACCUCUCGUCCCCACUACUUAACGGGAUUAGAGGUCAAUUAGAAGACUUUGGGUUAUCUUGCAAAACCGUAAGUAUUCGUGUAUCAAGGCCUUUGCUGAACGCACUACAGGGGAAUCGGACUCGAGAUAAUCUGCAGAGAACUCUUGCAGAGGGUUUCCAGCUUGAACUUAGCCAAGAAUGUUCGUCUUGCUUAGCCUCUAACGGUGCUUGUGGAUUUAAUCAAAACUCAGGUGGAUUUGUCUGCUAUUGUGUAGAUGAGACAAAUAACCGUACUUGCAGUUCUAAAAAAAAGGGCAUAUCUCCUGGAGCAAUAGCAGGUAUUGUGGCUGCUUGUGUAUUGCUGGUGGUCAUUCUUAUAGCCGCAGGUUUGUUCUGUCUCAUCAGACGGCGAAAGAAGAUACAGGCAGCUCAACACAUGAGCAAAGGCUUGCCAAUAACGUCAUCAGCUUCAAGCAGAGAAACAUCAAGCUAUCCAACUUCCACAACAGUUUCAAGCAGCAGCAAUCACUCUCUUCUCCCCUCAAUCUCUUACAUCACAAACGCAAGCACCUACUUUGGAGUCCAAGUCUUCAGCUACGAAGAACUCGAGGAAGCCACUGAGAAUUUCUCUAGAGAACUCGGAAACGGCGGCUUCGGUACUGUUUAUUAUGGCGUGUUGAAAGAUGGACGAGCUGUAGCAGUCAAACGACUAUACGAGAGGUCGCUUAAACGCGUUGAACAGUUCAAGAACGAGAUAGACAUCUUGAAAUCGUUGAAACAUACAAACCUCGUGAUUCUCUAUGGAUGCACGUCGAGACACAGCACAGAGCUUUUGCUUGUCUACGAGUAUAUCUCAAACGGAACUCUAGCCGACCAUCUUCACGGUGAUCGUGCUGAAGCCCGUCCUAUUUGUUGGCCAGUUCGUCUAAACAUUGCCAUCGAAACCGCAAGUGCUUUAUCCUUCCUCCACAAAUCAGGGAUCAUACAUAGGGACGUAAAGACAACAAACAUUCUUCUAGACGAGAACUCCACGGUGAAGGUAGCUGACUUCGGACUCUCGCGGUUAUUUUCGACGGACCAAACUCACGUCUCCACGGCCCCGCAAGGCACUCCAGGAUAUGUAGAUCCAGAGUAUUACCAAUGUUACCGUCUAAACGAGAAGAGUGACGUGUACAGCUUCGGAGUCGUACUAGCCGAACUCAUCUCUUCCAAAGAAGCCGUGGAUAUCACAAGACAUCGCCACGAUAUCAACUUAGCAAACAUGGCCGUCUCCAAGAUCCAGAACAACGCGGUGCACGAGCUCCUCGAUCCGAGUCUUGGAUUCUCGAAGGAUCCAGAAGUGAAAAGGAUGAUGGUAUCCGUGGCUGAGCUUGCGUUCCGAUGUUUGCAACAGGAGAGGGAAGGUAGGCCAUCGAUGGAUGAGAUCGUGGAGAUUUUGAAAGGGAUCAAGGGGGAGAACCGCGUGACGCCACCACCGGAUGUGGUGGAUAUUGAGGUAAGCGGAGAAGAUGAUGUUGGAUUGUUGAGGCAUAGUGUACCUCCGCCAGUGUCGCCGGAUACUGAUAAGUGGACUAGCAGUUCCGAUACGGCGGCGAGUUCGUUUUGAGAGAUUGUAUAAUUAGGCCUCCUCCCUCGGUGGUAUGUAGUAUAUUCACACUGGUAAAUGGUUCUUGGACUUCUUUAAUUUUAUUUUGGGUCAAAAUUCGACUUAGUUAUUUAUCUUUUCCUCGUCUGUAUCGAAUGACCUAUUAGUUUUAUGUUUCAACGCAUAAGAAGAUUUGUAUCUUU